AAAAAAAAAAAAAAAAAAAAAAAUCCAAAAAUCCAAAAUGAGUUGCCGUAUGUUUAAACCUGUCAUCCUAUUCCACGACCAUAGCUACAGUUCAGACCCAUCUUCGGGUGUAACGCAUCGUAUUCAUAUUCCUUAUGGAGAUCCUUACUAUACUCCGCUUAUUCAAAAGAAGAAGCACAAGGUGGGACUGAUGCUAAAAUCAAAUGGAAGAGCAUGGUACGAUAUCAUCCAGCACAGUCGCUCCCCUUUCACAAGGAGUCCGGAUAUGCCAAUCUUAUUAAACAAACCUUCCCGUGUGAAACAGGUUUUGAGAGAGCCAACCGUCGAAUCUGACAACAAUAGUAUCAUUAGUACUUGUUCCUCUUCUUCUAGCUGUUCUUCAUCGAAUAGUGAUAGCAGCAGUAGUACUCCCAUACCAACUACUCUCAUCACACGCAAGCGUCGAGGUAAUCUUCCCAAAAUAGUCACGGCCGUAUUGAAACAAUGGCUUAUUGAUCACUGCCGUAACCCAUAUCCUACCGAAGUCGAGAAAACUUGUUUAAAAGACAAGACCGGUCUGACUUUGAAUCAGAUCAGUAAUUGGUUUAUUAAUGCAAGAAGAAGAUUGUUACCACAGAUCUUGGAUACCCUUCAUCCUCAUCACACAGAGAUGCAUCACAUCUCUUCCAAUACAGAGCAGACACCCAAAAAGAGAAAACGCUCCCGCAUGAGCUACUUUUACAACAAGGGUAAAGUUUUCCCAACUUUCAUUUCAUGAACAGGAGCCAACCACCGUCGUGAGAAGAAGAAGACGUUAUAACAAGCGAUCUGUCACCCAAGUGUAAAAAAAAAAAAAAAAAUUAUACAUAAAACACACACACACACACUCUCUUUCCCCCCAACCCCUCUUUUUUUUUUUUUUUUUUUACUCCCUCU